AUGGCCAAGCUGCUGGUUUCGCUGGUGGUGUUGGGCGCCGUGGCUCGGCCGCAGGCGCAAGCCCGCUGCCCGGGCCGCUGCAUCUGCCCGGCGGCCGCUCCCAACCCGACGCUGCUCUGCGCCAAGACGGGGCUCCUCUUCGUGCCUCCCGCCAUCGACCGGCGCACCGUGGAGCUCCGCCUCACCGACAACUUCAUCGCCGCCGUCCGCCGGCUCGAUUUCUUCGCCAACAUGACCAGCUUGGUGCACCUCACGUUGUCCCGCAACACCAUCAGCCACGUGGCGCCGGGCGCCUUCGCCGACCUGCGCGCCCUCCGCGCCCUCCACCUCGACGGCAACCGGCUGCUGGCGCUGGGCGGCGCGCAGCUGCGCGGCUUGGCCAGCCUCCGCCGCCUCAUCCUGGCCAACAACCAGCUGGGUCGCAUCGAGGCGGCCGCUUUCGAGUCCUUCGUGGCCACCGUGGAGGACCUGGACCUGUCCUACAACAACUUGGCCACGGUGCCCUAAGCCAUCGGCGCCAUGGCCAGCCUCAACACGCUCACGCUCGACCACAACCUGCUGGAGCGCGUGGCGCCCGGCGCGCUCGCCCGCCUGCCCAAGCUGGCGCGUCUCGACGUCACCGCCAACCGCUUGCGCACGUUGCCGGAGCCCGGCGGCGGACGCCCGGCGCGGCUCAGCUUGGCGCUCGGCGGCAACCCGUUGCAUUGCAACUGCGAGCUGCUGUGGUUACGGCGCCGGGCGCCCGCCGGCGCCGGCGCCGGUUUGGAGACGUGCGCCACGCCGGCGCGUUUGGCCGACCGGCCACUUUGGGCUGUGCCGGAGGAGGAAUUCGUUUGCCAAGCGCCUUCGAUCACGCGGGCUCGAGCAAGCGCCGGCGCCGUGCUGCAGGGCCAGGCGGUGAGCGUGGGCUGCGCGGCUGCCGGCGACCCGCCGCCGGCGUUGCGCUGGUUGGCGCCCGACGGCAGCCCCGUGCGCAACGGCACCCGCCGGGCGCUGCGGCCCGACGGCACCCUGGAGCUGCGCGCCGCCACGCUGGGCGACCACGGCGCUUUCACCUGCGUGGCCUCCAACGCCGCCGGCGAGGCCGCCGCUCCCGUGGCCCUGGCCGUGCUGCCGCUGCCGCUGCCCGCCGCCCGCCCGCCGCCCGCCGCCAGCCCCUCCGACAUGGCGCGCGCCCACGCCCGCCGCGCCGGCAACGAUAGCCGGCCGCCCGGGCAGCGGCGCGUCGUGGCCGCCGAGCUCACCGCCUCCUCGGCCCGCAUCCGCUGGCCCGCCCAGCGCCACGUGCCCGGCGUCCGCAUGUACCAGAUCCAGUACAACAGCUCCCUGGACGACAGCCUCGUCUACCGGAUGAUCCCGUCGUCCAGCAAGACCUUCGUGGUGACGGACCUGGCGGCGGGCCGCGAGUACGACCUGUGCGUGCUGGCGGUGUACGAGGACGGCGUGACGGCGCUGCCGGCGGCGCGGGCCGUGGGCUGCGUGCGCUUCGCCACGGCCGCCGGCGGCCCCCGCUGCCCCGCCGCCCGCCCCCACUUCCUGGGCGGCACCAUCAUCAUCGUCAUCGGCGGCGCCAUCGCCGCCUCCGUCCUCGUCUUCAUCCUCAUCCUCACCGUGCGCUACAAGGCGGCCGGCGCCCGCCGGCACCCAUCCGGCACCGCCGCCGCCGUGCACAGCGUCUGCUCCCAGACCAACGGCACCCGGGCGCCGGGUGCUGGGCGCCUCGACGACGUGGAGGCCGGGCUGGACGCCUUCGACGGCGCCCGCGGGCUCUUCCCCAGCCACAGCUACCCGCGGCGCGCCCGGACGCGGCUGCGGGCCCCCGCCGGGCGCCUCGAGGCCCCCGCGCCCCGCCGGCCCGCCUUCGGCAGCACCGAGUGGAUGCUCGAGAGCACCGUGUGA